GAAAAACGUUUAGAAGCCGAUCUUGCUUAGUCUGCCGGCGAGAGUAUUUGGGUUAAGAGUGUCGCUACCACGUUGACCAAUAAGUUACGUUUCAUCUGCGGACUCAGCGUAAUCGUCGCACACACCUGGUCAACCAGAAGAGAGUCAAUUCAGACUCGAGCGAAGUGCGUGUUAAUAUUGCACGCAUGUUGACAUAAGACUGCAAUUAAACCUUUAGCCAAUUAAAUCAUUAGAAUACAAGUUAUUAAAGAGAUAAGACUGUAGAUUUUAAAAAGUGAUUUUUAAGUGCAACGAUGACAAUGGAAAUAUUAACAUGUAAACUGUCCAAAGAGCUCUCCGAAACUAUGCUGUCCGAGAUGGACGUCCUACCGUCCAUCAAAAUCGGUGACUUUGUGUUGUCACUGGAGAUGGAGCAGCUCUCUCCGGAGAUGCAAGAAGUCGCAAGGAAGGAGUUAAGGGAGACGCCUGAAAAUCGAGAAGAGGGUAUAACUAAACUCAGGGAACUUUUAAAAGGUGAAACUGAUUUAUCUUGUCCUUAUGAUAACGAUGCAUGGCUAGUGAGAUUCCUACGUCCAUGCAAGUUCUAUCCGGAAAGUGCACAUGCCCUGGUCAAACGUUAUUAUGCGUUCAAAGUCAAGCACGAAAAUGUCUACAAAGGUCUACUGCCCAGCACCGAAACAAAUAUUUUCGAUCAUAAUAUUCUGGUUGUUCUGCCAAAUAGAGAUCAGUUUGGUCGCCGAAUUUUGAUUAUUGAAUUAGGCAAAAAAUGGAAGCAUAAUAAAUGCUCUCUCGAUGAAGUCUUCAAAGGUGUUGUAUUGUAUCUGGAAGCUGCCAUGCUGGAGCCCCAAACACAGGUGGCUGGUGCGGUUGUAAUCUUUGAUAUGGAUGGAUUGACGCUGCAGCAGACAUGGCAAUUCACCCCGCCAUUUGCUAAGCGUAUUGUGGACUGGCUACAGGACGCCAUUCCGUGCCGUGUGAAAAACCUGCACAUUAUCAACCAACCGUACAUCUUCAACAUGGUCUUUGCUCUCUUUAAACCAUUCCUGCGCGAGAAGCUGAAGAGUCGUAUUAUCUUCCACGGCACUGAUCGCAAGUCGCUUUACAAGUAUAUGGAUCCCAAGUGUUUGCCUUCGUGUUACGGUGGCACUUUGGAAAUUCCGCGUGUCAAUGGCAGCCAGUGGUUGGAAUUAUUGCAGAUGUGCGAUGAGGAGUACAAAAAAAUCAAUUCCUACGGGUAUAAGAAGAAGUAAAGAUUAGCACAAAGAAUACUUGCAGAAAUUCAUGUUUCCAUUAUACAUUGGAUUACUCAUAAUGAUUGUAUUAUAAUUUUUUAGCAAAAAUGUAGAUGUGUCGGAAAAUUUCCAAAUUAUGAGUAAUGUUUGUGGGUGAUUUAUAUUUAAUAUUAUUAUUGUUUUAUAGUGCAAUACGUACUUAUUAAUAUUUUAUCUUACGAAAUGUUGUGCCUAAAUUAUAUGCAAGUUUAUCUUUAUAAUAAUUAAAUUUUGAUACCAUGUAAA